AUGACAACAACAUCAACCACUAGUGUGAAUGGCAAAGCUACCUCCACCUUAAAAACUACCUUAUCCGUUUCAAGCCCAAGUUCGAAAGGAACAACUUCUGCUAUUCUUCCUCAAAAACCGAAACUAACAGGCUGGGCCCAGGCUGCUGCCAAGGCUCUUCCAAAACAGCAACAACAGUCAAGAAAAGAGGAAUCUGUUGCUACACAACCUGUUAAUGGGAAAUCCAAGGCCAUUGUAUCUACUGCGCCAUCUGCUAAUCCAAAGGGUAGUCCCACUACCAAUGGGUCGUCCACAAAUAAGAAAUUCAAAAGAGCAAAUAGACAGCCCUACAACAAAGAGGAAGUUAGGUCGUACAUGCAUAAACUAUUUCAGAGCUACACUACCGGUGAAUUGAGUCAUUCAACGAAGACUUAUAAGCAAGUACUGUCAGAAACCUCAAGCGGUAGAGUUUCAACGGCAGCUACCGACUGGGACACUGUAUCAAGUAGUAAAAAUAAAAAUAAAAAGUUUGGUUGCUUGACCGAGAUUGCUAAAGUUUUAAGAAAUCAAUGA